AUGGCCGAGAGUGGUGGUGGGUGCAGGACGUUGGCGAGGGGUGGUGGUGGUGGUGGUGGAAGGGAAAGAGAUGGUCACGCAGAUGUGACUAUGCCGCAGAAGGCAAACGUGACAGUAUGGCAACGUUUGAACACCACGGUCCACUGGACUGGGACUGGACUCAGGAAAGUGGCUUGUAGUCCAGUGAGAGUCCAGUGGACUGGACUGGACUGGACUGGACUGGACUUGAGUCCAGUGGACUGGGCAUUGUGCAAGCCAAUCUGGCCUAGCAACUGGGCCACUGGAAUCCACUGGACUCCACUGGACUCCACUGGAAUCCACAUGGAUUACGUGGGGGAUGGUAAAGACCUCCAGUAUUGA